AUGUUAAUAUCAGUAAGUCUUGGACUUGAGCCUGAGUGUCUUGGAAAUAUGGCAAAAUGUACAAAAAGUUGGGCUUUAGCUAACAAUUAUUACCCACCAUGUCCAGAACUAGAAUUGACUAUGGGAACCGACGCUCAUGUUGAUACUUCAUUUAUCACAGUACUCUUACAAGACAAUAUUGGUGGACUCCAGGUUCUUCAUGAAAACAAAUGGGUUAAUAUUGAGUCUGUUACCGAUGGUGCUUGUCAUAGAGUGAUUACAAAAAGUGUUAGACCAAGGCUUUCAAUUGCAAUAUUUUUUAAUGGUGUUAUCUCAUCCGAGAAGAUACAUGGUCCAAUAAAGGAGCUAACAUCUAAAGAAAAUCCACCUAUUUAUAGGAAAUUCUCAACUGACAAGCUUGUCAAAAACUUUUUCUCUAAAUCACUUGAAGAUGUUGGAUCCAAUCUAGAUUACUUCAAAUUUCAAUCUCGCGAUGAUGACAACUGA